AGAGUGCCCAUCAGAAUAGGUUCCUGCCAUGACUGGACCAUCUCCACUUUUGGACGGCUCCUACCUUUUGUAUGGCUCUUGGUUUUAUCCCAUCCUUGCUUUUGGAUGGUCCUCCCCACUUUUGCACCCUUCUGUGCAAACCUGCAGGCUUGGCAAGCCCUGGGGUCUUUUGAGAGAGAGACAGCAGCAUCUGGACCACCCUCUCUCAGGCCCUAGCAGUAGUCAACUUCUGUCUGCUUCCCGGACUGGAGGACCCUAGCAGUUUUGGCUGUCCCCUGCUGCUGUGAAGGCAGCAUCAUUCCACGAUCAUUCCACGACCAUCCCACCUGGGGAAAAGUUCUCAAGACAUUUCAGAGUUUGCCACCUCUAUCACUCACCUAAGGCACCUCUGCAAACCUCUGUACCAAGAGGAACCAGGAUCCAAUCAGAGAUCAUCUACCUCUUUCUCAUCACCCUGGGAAGAUCUGGAAGCCUCUCAAUGGCCAAGCAGUUCCAACACUGCCACAAAGGAGCCAGGACUAUCUCAACGUUUCUACUCCCCCACAAUCUUGGUAUGGAAGGAACUUGACUAUGGCUCAAUGACAGAGGCAGAGAAACAAAUGCUUGUUUCGGAAGUCAAUCUGCUUCGGGAGCUGAGGCAUCCGAAUAUCGUCCGCUAUUAUGAUCGGAUCGUCGACAGAAGCAGCACGACCUUGUACAUCGUGAUGGAGUACUGCGAUGGCGGUGACCUGGCCAGCUUAAUUGCCAAGUGCACGAAAGAAAGGCAUUAUUUGGAAGAAAGCUUUGUUCUCAGAGUGUUGACUCAAUUGGCUUUGGCCUUGAAGGAAUGCCACAGACGGAGUGAUGGUGGAGUCACUGUACAUCGCGACCUAAAACCAGCGAAUGUCUUUCUAGAUGGCAAACAGAAUGUGAAACUUGGAGAUUUUGGCCUGGCUAGAAUAUUGCACCACGACACCAGCUUUGCCAAAACAUUUGUUGGAACUCCAUAUUAUAUGUCUCCAGAACAAAUGAACCACAUGUCAUACAAUGAAAAAUCUGACAUCUGGUCUCUUGGAUGUCUCCUGUAUGAAUUAUGUGCUCUCUCGCCUCCAUUUAGAGCUUAUAACCAAAAGGAGUUGGCAGAGAAGAUAAAGGAAGGGAAGUUCAGGCGAAUUCCAUAUCGUUACUCAGAGCAGCUGAAUGAACUUCUCAAAGAGAUGCUAAAUGUAAAGGAUUAUUGCCGACCUUCUGUUGAAGAUAUUCUGCAGCACCCCUUGAUAGCAGAUUUAGUGGCAGAGGAACAAAGACAAAAUUCUGACAAGAGAGGCCGAAGAUCAUGGGAGCCAGAAAGAAUGCAUUCUGAUGCUGCAGUGAAUGAGCUGAAACAGAAGGAGCAACAGUUACAGGAGCGAGAACAAGCCAUUAAAGAGAGAGAGCAGCGUUUGGAGCAGCGAGAACGAGAACUCUGUGUUCGAGAGAGACUGGCUGAGGACAAACUUGCUAGAGCUGAAAACUUGAUGAGGAACUACAGUCUUUUCAAACAGAGGACAUUAGCUUGUGCAGAUGCUCCAGAUAAUGCACUCCUGCUUCCCUUUUCUACAACUAAGAAGAAAGUACACUUUGGAAGCGAAGACAAUGCUGUUAAUGUGGAAAACUAUCCUCCUCCUAAAGGAAAAUGCUCUGAUCUCAAAAGACGUAUGUAUGCUGCAAACCUAAGGGCUCAAGCACUGUCUGAACUGGAAAAGAACUUUCAACUCAAGAGCAGGCAGAUUCUGGGCAUGCGCUGACACUGUAACGGAUACAAGGUACUUAACUUUUGAAAGCUGAUUAAAUGUAUAAGAAGAUACUUGUGCUUCCUUCUUUUAAGCUGGAACCUACUGAAAAAUAAUCUUAACAGUUGUUAUGACUCUAUUAGGAAGAGUUUGUAUAGGUGAUUAUGUUAUGAACCCAGGUAGUGUUGUACCAAAUCAAACACAUUGAGUUAAUGCUAUUAUUAAAGAAAAAAUAUUUGGGUCCUCCUUA